GUUCGAGGAUGUUGACGUCACGCUGCGCACCUGGCCGCGCUAGUGCUCCGUUGAAUUCCUAUUCUGGAUCACUGUGGCCUUCUCCCUGCCUCCUGGACACGACGUGCCCGUGUCGGGUUUCUAGAAGCGGUGUAAUGAGUUGGUGAACAGCUUGAGCCUCAGCCCCGACUUGACAAACCAAAGGGUUUUUGUGUGCACGUAGCGUAGGUUGCAGAAGUGUCUACCUCAUAACCGUUAAGGAUUAAAGACAUCGUUAAUCUUAGUUUAGUACCUGCUAUGUAGUAAGCUGUCAGUAAAUGCUAAUUAUUAUUCCCAAAUCCCAGCAUUUCCCUCAUAGCUCAUAACACAAGCUGCCAACAGCAGGUGUCUGCCUGGGUAAAAAUGGCAUGCUUGUUAAAGUCGUUUGUCUCACCCUCACUUAAAGCCAAAACUCUUUUUUUUUUUUUUUUUUUUUUUUAAUUUGAAAGGCAGAGUUACAGGGAGGCAGAGCCAGCGAGAGCCAGUUAGGUCUUCCAUCUGCAAGUUCACCCCCCAAAUGGCCUCAAGGCCAGAGCUAGGCUGAUCUGAAGCCAGGAGCGUCUUCCCUGGGCUCCCAUGUGGGUGCAGCGGCCCAAGGACUUGGACUAUGGCUUUUCCAGGCCAUAGCAGGGAGAUGGAUUGGAAGUGGAGCAGCUGGGACUCGAACCAGAGUCCAUACGCUACAGUGCCAGCUCUUUCUUUGGACUCUGCCAUACAGUCUUUGGGAGUCCUUUAUCAUAAACUAUGUUGCAUUGAUUUCAGGGACGUCUUGUUUCUUUACCCAGAUUUUUUUUUUUUUUUUAAAGCUCCUAGAAGAGCCCUAUGUUGUGUUUACCUGUUCAGAACUGUUCUGUGUACAUAGCAAGGACUGGGAAAAAAAGCUAAAACAAUUUAAGCCUUUCAGUGCAUCUUUACAUUUGAGUUCCUCUUAUUACUGUAAAAGGGAGCAGAUAAAAUUAGACUAAGUUUGAAAAUACACACUUUGAGGCCCAGGUAGAUAAAACAUCUCCUAAAAUCAAAAGGGAAUGGCAGGCAUGACCCCAGGUCUUUUGCUCCUCAACUCUAGUUCAGUUUCCCCUCACAACACAAUAAUGGGGGUUUUGCCACAUGCCCUGUAUCAUUAAUGUGGGAGCCUAUCUAAAUAAUGAAUGUGAGCGUGGAUGAGUUCAUUAAUCACAUAAGGUUGUUUUACAUUUUUAGACAGCUUGGAUUAAUAAGGAGAAAGUCAAUUGCAUCAGCAAGUGGAAAUCUAGGAAGAGGCAAAUUCAAGCAGUUGUUUCAGUACUUAAUUGUCAUUGAUUUUGAGUCGACAUGCUGGAAUGAUGGAAAGCACCACCAUAACCAGGAAAUAAUUGAAUUUCCAGCAGUAUUGUUGAAUACUUCAACUGGAGAAAUUGAAUCUGAGUUCCAUACAUAUGUUCAACCUCAGGAACAUCCAAUUCUUUCUGAAUUUUGCAUGGAACUGACAGGCAUAAAGCAGGCUCAAGUUGAUGAAGGAGUGCCUCUGAAGAUUUGCUUGUCUCAGUUCUGUAAAUGGAUUCAUAAGAUCCAGCAACAGAAGAAAAUUGUUUUUAGUACUGGAGUUUCAGAGCCUUCUUCUUCAGAAAUACAACCAUGUACAUUUGUUACUUGGUCAGACUGGGACUUGGGAGUUUGCUUGGAGUAUGAGUGUAAGAGAAAACAGCUGUUAAAACCUGUGUUUUUAAAUUCUUGGAUUGAUCUCAGAGCAACUUACAAGCUUUUUUAUAGGAGAAAACCAAAAGGACUAAGUGGUGCCUUGCAGGAAGUGGGAAUAGAAUUCUCAGGAAGAGAACAUUCUGGGUUGGAUGAUUCUCGGAAUACUGCCCUUCUUGCUUGGAAAAUGAUCAGGGAUGGUUGUUUAAUGAAAAUCACAAGAUCCUUGAACAAGGUUCCCACUAAGAAGAAUCCCAACAUUCUGACCAGAAAUUUGAACAUAAAUCAAGUCGAAGAAACGUCUGCCUGCCACAGUAACAUCCGGAGUCCCAUCAUAGAUGAUGGGGAGCCUAAAAAUUCUAUAAAUUCUCAUGAAAAAAUUCAAAUGAGGUCAGUGUGUGUGAAUUCUAGAAAGUUACAGCAGGAUCAUUUCCAACCAAAGAAUGACUUAAAAGCGGGUUUUCACAACAUCAAAAGUUGCUUAUCUCUUUUUAGUGCCAAACCCUCUACUUCUCUGGGACAGUUGCAGUCUCCCACCUUGAAUUCACCUAUCCAUAUAGAGAACCAAAGACAAAAUGACCAUCUUGCAUUUAAUACCAAAUCUAAGUCUUCCACAACUAGUUCAGAAUUAGUACUUGUUUCUACCACCAUUCCAUCUGUUAAUCAUGCUUCUGACGUGGAAAUGAGUUCUGUUCCUGACUGUUUACCUAUGUUGACUGAUUGGGAGGAUGUAAUUUUACUGCCAGCAUCUCAGCCUGAUCAAAAUAUAGAUUGUACAGCUCCCAUUAGUGACUCAGGUACUUCAUUUAGUUCUGGAGAAAGAUCAGUGGUUUUAAAAGAACCAGAAAUGCUAAGCUGUGAAAAUUUGGAAGGCAUAGAGAAAACUCCUCAAAGGUUUGAGACCUCCAAGUCUAUUGUGUACCAGAGUCCUCACACUACUAUUUAUAAUGUAAAAGAAACCAAAGAUCUAGGUUCAAAUGUUUCUGCCUUUAAGUUACCUGAAUACAAAUCAAGUAGCUUCAACACUGUUAAUGCCAGUGCAUCUCAUCCUUCAGUUUUGAGAAAACCUCCUCUUCUCUUAGGUGGUACUAAAAGGAAUCCAUCUAGUCCCCCAACUUUCCCACCAGCAAAAAAACAGACCUUUACUGUUCAUGAAGAAAAGCCUACAUCAUCUGAUUGCUCUCCAGUAGGGAAUUCUUCCCGGAAAGUUCUCCCCGCUGUAUUAACUUCUACAGUUAACCCACAGGAGCCUUGGAAGAGUGGGAAAAUGACACCUCCCUUAUGCAAGUGUGGCCGAAGAUCUAAGAGACUUGUUGUUUCUAAUAAUGGACCAAACCAUGGAAAAGUCUUCUAUUGUUGUCCUAUUGGGAAAUAUCAUGAAAACAGAAAAUGUUGUGAUUAUUUUAAAUGGGAACAAACUCUUCAGAAGGAAAAAGCCAACAACAUGGUUCAGUCUCAUUUCACAGGGCAGCUCGUUUUUAGUUCUCCAGAAACAAACCAUGUUCCUGACAGGAAUUUGAGCUUUUCUAUUAAAAAUACUUUGAGACUCAGACCUUCAAUGAGGAAUUGAAAGACUUAACUUUAUAUCCAAACUCUGUUUCUAGUUUAAUGUGACUUAGUGCAAGAAAAAUUUAAGGACAUGUUUAAGUUCUGUAUACUACACUUGAACUAUCAUACACACAUAUAAACUGAAAGAGAAAAGAUAAAUUUAUGACCUUCCACUUUCAUUCACCAUUGUCUAACAUUUGUAUUCUGUUUAUUCCUGAAUGAAUCCUAAUUGUUCAUUAAAUUCCCAAACAU